UCCACUGUGGGUGUAACCACGGCUCUUGUUCUCUUACACACAAACACUCUGUGCUCUUGAUGGAUAUUGGUCAACUAAAUUAUUGUCUUAUACACACAAGGAGGAUUUAAACAGUUCAUCUUAGCAAAUUCAUUUGCAUCCAUAUAAAAUUUGCCUUGCGAUGGUUGGUUAAUGCUUUUGUUCUGCUUUCCUGGGAAAGAGAAGUUUGUUACUGCGGAUUGGCACAGGUGUGCUGGGUUGCACAUACAGACAGGUAUGUCUUAGAGCUGCCUACGCCUUACUGAGGACAGAACUACGCCUGAGAUCUCCAGCUUCUACAAGGAAAAGCCGGCAUCAUGUGCACAGAUAACUAACAAAAUCUGCCACUCUGGUGGACAGAAAAAAACCUAACCUUGAACCACGACCAACAUGAAUUCCCUAUCUUGCUUAUUAGGGGAGAAGUCCAGGAAGAAGAAAUGUAUCAUCUCUGCUACAGUUUUAUUAUUUUUAUUUUCACUUAUCUGGCAUAUGAAUUAUUUUAGCAGCAGUAGAUGGCCACUCCAGUAUCCCUUCUCCUGCACUUUAAAUCGCUACAGCAGAAUUGAUGACACCAAUAGCUCCCAAUCGAACCUACAGCAAGAAGGGACAUUUCAGAGCAAUAACCCCAGCAACGCCUCACGUCUGGAUCACCUGCAGGAAGUGAAGCUUCAGAGGAUGAUAUACGACAAGCCUAAUGCCUUCGUACCGCAGAGAACUGAUGUUGCUAUGAUAACCCCUUGGUUUGCGCCAAUCGUUUGGAACGGCUCUUACAACAUUGAUAUACUGAAUGAACAAUUCCAUCAAAAAGGUGUCCGCAUUGGCAUAACGGUGUUUGCUAUUAAAAAAUACGUAGUCUUUAUCAAAACAUUCAUUGAAACAGCUGAACAAUUCUUUAUGGUGGGGCACAAGGUCAACUACUAUGUUUUCACUGAUCGUUCUACUGAUAUCCCUGCUAUUCCACUCAAAGAGGGGAGACGCUUGGUAGUUCUGGAGGUCCCUAGCUACAAAAGAUGGCAGGAAGUUUCUAUGAGGCGUAUGGAGAUGAUACGUAACUCUUCUCGCCAGUUGUUCAUCAAUGAAGUUGAUUACUUGGUGUGUGUUGAUGUAGACAUGAGAUUCAGCGAUGAGGUUGGAGUGGAAAUCUUAAGUGAUGUGUUUGGAACUUUACACCCUUCAUUCUGUGGAGCAUCACGCCAGCGUUUUACCUUUGAGCGACGACCUCAGUCAGAAGCUUUCAUCCCUGCUGAUGAGGGGGAUUUUUAUUAUGCAGGAGGAUUUUUUGGGGGGACAAUAGAGGAAGUCUAUAAACUGUCUAACUUUUGUCACAAUGCCAUGAUGACAGACAAGGGAAAAAAUAUAGAAGCAAUCUGGCAUGAUGAGAGCUAUUUAAACAAGUAUUUCCUUUAUCAUAAACCAACCAAGGUUCUUUCUCCAGAAUAUCUUUGGGACAAUAAUAUUGGUGGUCCAGGUUUCCUGAAGAGGAGAAGGUUUGUUGCUGUUCCAAAGAAUCAUAACGAAAUCCGCAACAAAUGAAAUUAUGGAAACUAUAUAAGAUGGAAAAUAAAUUAGAGGUUUCAAAACUUUACGUCUAUAUUUAUUCUAGACAAUCCUCCUGCAUGGGAAGGGACUGAAUCCUGAAACAUUUUUAAAAUGUGCCAUGUUCUCUUACAAGACUCUUCAAAAAAUGUAUGUGACUCACCAUGCUGUGUCUCUUUAUGCAAGUCGAUUUUUGCUGGCCUAUACUCUUCUUCUCUCCUCACGUUGUCAAUAACUCUUCUGUUAGCCUCUGAAUUCUUGUGUAUUUAUGCAAGCCCAACUUUGAUGGUCUACACUCCUCUUCCCUCUACAUUUUGUCAAUAAGUCUUUUUAGGCUGUCCAAAUCCCCAGUGGCCUUUCUCUUUGGUGAUUUUUCUUUUCUCUCUAUCACAACAGUAUUACAAUGUAACUGUAAUGUAUGUCAUUUUGUGCCUUGUUACUGUCCCCCCCCCCCAAAAAAAAAACACAUAUCAGAGACAAAAUGAUCAUGUACCUCUAACCUCUUUUCUUGAUUCCCCCCUUAGUUUCAGACCUGUGACCUGUGUUAAUUUAUAUAUUUUAAACUAUUUCUUAUCUCCUUUAUUCAGAAUAGCCACAAACUCUUUCAUGUAGAGCAUACCGUAAUUUACUGGAAAAUCAUCCGACUCCUUGCAUUUUGUUUGUUAAAAAAUGAAUCCCUGUAAAUGUUAUAGUGCUACUGAGUAUGUUUCUGUUCUCUAAUUAAAUUAGAAUAAUGUAAA